AAACCAACCUUUUACACAUUUCAUCAAUAAUCAAAUUCCAACAGGAAUCAAAAAGAAAAUUUUGGCAGCAUCAAAAAAAAGCGGUUGCAAAUUAUUGUCGGAUUGGGCCCAAUCAAUUUCCAACCAUGUAUACUGGUGUGCUGCUUCCAGCAAUUUGAUGAAGAACUUGUCAAGGCAAAGUGGUUGUCAGUUCUCAAUCAUAUAUGUGACAUCCAUGUCCCUACAUAGUGAUGUAUUCCCAAAAUGUGAACAUGAUAUGUUAGAGCCUAGAAUGUGGAUAAAAAAAGGUUCAAAAGCUUAUGUUGAGCUGUCUUCGAUUGUUGAGUCCAAGUAUCUCAUGAGAGAUAUUGAAAAACUCAGUUAUCAGAAGCAGACUUCAUCCAUCGAAGGUUUCCACCGAGUGGUGAUUCUUUUUGCACCAAAACAUACCCAUUUUUUCUACAGAUUAAUGGAAGCAAGAUUGUUUAUUGCUGCUCUUCAUUUCAAUGAGAAUGGAAAUGAACCUCAGAAAACGAAGAAUGGUGGGCAAACAGAAGAGGCAUUGAUUUGGAGAGUGGCUUAUUCAAAGUCAAAAGAUGGACAAGGGGUCAUCAAACCAGUGAAAGUUGACAGCACUUAUGGUUAGCACAAAAAAA